UGAUCUUUCUCUCCAUUCUACUUCUUUAAAUAAAAGAUACAAUGAAAAAAUUUAUAAUAUUAAAAUUACCAAAGAAUCUUUUGCUCCUGAUGGUUUUGAACGUGAGAUGUAUCUUAUAAAUGGUCAGUUUCCUGGUCCUACCAUUGAAUGCAAUAAAGAUGACGUUUUAGUUAUCAAUGUUGAAAAUUGUUUAAAUGAGGAUACUACAAUUCAUUCUCAUGGUAUGUUCCAACGCGGAACUCCUUGGUAUGAUGGGGUUCCUGGGCAAACUCAAUGUGGCAUUCCGCCAAAUGAAACAUUCACUUAUAAGUUUAAUGUUAAUCAAAGCGGAACGUAUUGGUAUCAUUCUCAUUCAAGAGCUCAAUAUAUUGAAGGAAUGGUUGGUCCUUUGAUAGUUCAUGACCCACAAGAUCCUUAUAUUAAUGAAUAUGAUGAAGAAAUUAUAAUUUUAUUACAAGACUGGUACCAUAAUGACUCCAAAACUUUAUUGGCUACUUUCUUGUCUCCUGAGAGUCAAGGAGCUGAACCAGCUCCUGAUAAUGGUUUGAUUAACGGAAAGAACUCCUUUAAUUGUUCGGCGGCACCAAAAGGUAGCGUUUGUAAAGAUGCUCCAUUGGCAGGGUUCAAAUUUGUUCAAGGAAAGAAAUACAGACUUAGAAUUAUUAAUACCAGUGCGUUUUCGGCUUUCAUUUUCUCCAUCGAUGAUCAUCCUUUGGAUGUAAUUGAAGUUGAAGGGAUGAUAACCAAGCGUCAUACAGUCCAUCGCCUCCCUAUUAACAUUGCUCAGCGUUAUUCGGUCAUUGUAGAAGCUAGUCAACCCAAAGCAAAAUAUUGGAUGCGCGCAGAAAUGGAAACCACUUGUUUCGCUCAACAAAAUCCUAAUCUCAAUUCUCUAGUAAAAGCCGUUGUUUCAUAUGCCGGAUGUGAUGAUAAAGAUCCAUCAUCAAAGGCUUGGAGUGAUAGUGUUAAAGAUUGUGUAGAUUUGGAUGCUUCAGAUCUAAAACCUUACAAAACGCAAAACGUUCCUGAUGUUGAUCAUAAAAUAAAAAUAACGAUUAGUUUCCAAAAUGAUGAAAAUAAUAUCACCUUGGGAUAUAUAAAUAAUUCAACUUAUAAGAUCGAUGUAAAAUAUCCUACACUUAACAAAGUUUUCGAUGGUGUGACGACAUAUGCUACCGAUCAAAAUGCUUUCGUAAUUGAAAAAUGUGAAGUUAUAGAUUUGAUUUUGAACAACACAGACAAUGGUGAACAUCCGUUCCAUUUGCACGGUCAUGUGUUCUGGAUACUUGGGCAAGGUGGAAAUGACACUACACCAGAUUACGAUAAGUUAAAUACUGUAGACCCGAUACAACGUGAUACUACAACUAUCCCUGCUAGCGGAUGGACCGUUCUCCGAUUUGUAUCAGAUAAUCCUGGUGUAUGGGGAUUCCAUUGCCAUAUUGAGUGGCAUGUACAAUCGGGAUUACUUGCACAAUUCGUCACGCAACCGAACAAAAUUAAAGAGUUAAAAGCACCUGACGAUUGGAAAGCAUUGUGUUCUAAAUGUAAAGUGUAUUAA